AUGCAGAAUAAGCUCGGUUGCACAGCAGGAGCCAUAUGUGAAACAACCAAAGCUGACAUUGUGAUGUUAGUCGACACCUCUCCGAGUGUUUCUCCUGAUGACUUUGCAUCUGUUGAAAUGUUCUUAACUGAAAUAGUUAAAAACGUUCAUAUUGAUCCCAACGGUGUCCAGAUCGGUCUGACUUGGUACAGUUACUUACCAAAGUCUAAGUGGGAUCUGAACACAUACAAAAACAAACUGUCCUUGCUAAUGGCUCAAGAAAUUACAACAGUUGCAUGGAAGGCACAUGAAACAGAUCAACAUUUCAUUGACUUCACAGCUGAUCCUUACCAUGAGGUGCUCUGGGACUUCAGUCCAUGUCAGGGUAGCAGAGGGGCAGGUGCUCUCUGGCAGUCUAUGGGAAAGGCUCUGGCUCACAUUCUACAUCACAGCUUUAAACCAAGUGUGGGGAUUCAUGCAGAAAAUAAAAAAAUGUUGUUCCAAUCACUGCAAAAAGACCAAAAGAGGCUAGAUUCCAAGAAGUAUUUUCGAUCCCUUCACAUGAUUAUAGACCGCCUUACCCUUAGCCCCUGUCACAAUGCUCCUAGACAUCCUCUAAAAUUACAGUUGAGUCUUAAUCAGUAUAGUGGUCGUCCACAGACUGAGUGGGAUCUUAACACCUACAAAACCAAACAGUCCCUGCUGGAGGCUAUUGAAAAGAUAAAAAAAAACCGACAAAGUAGACAAAGAAGGACAAAUACAGGCAUUGCUCUGCAUCACAUCCUUCAUCGGAGCUUCAAACCCACUGUGGGGAUGCGUCCAGACUCCAAAAAAAUUGCAGUUCUAAUUACUGAUGGACAAUCUCAUGAUCAUAUAAAGCCUGCUGCAAAGAACCUGAAAGACACUGGAAUUGAGAUAUACAUCAUUGGUGACUAA